UAUUUACAUUUAUUUUGCAAUAGUCACAUUUCACAAGGGAGGACUGAUUUUCUCCUAUCCAUUAAAUAACUAAAAACAAUACUCCUACAAUGUCCUCCGAUCCCAAGUAGGAGGAAUUUGUUUUUGAUUCUUAAAAUCGAAAAUUCCUAGAGAUUAAAAUGACAAUUGCACGAAACGGCAUAAGUCAGCAACGCAAAACGGCAUACGAAAAGAUUGUAGGGGAAAUUUCUAGGGGGAAAUUCUACCAUCAUCUUAGCUAUGGGAAAUUUGAAAACAGCACCAGGUCUCAGAAACGCAGUCAGCCAUCAAUGGCGUGGCAGCAUUACGUUCGAUCUCUCUGCCUUUUUACUCAUAAAAACAAGUCUCCCAAACUAAUUCAUCUAUCUUCUUCUUCGCUUGAAAUAUUUGAUUCUAAUUUGCUUACCUUAAAUGUUGUUCUGUUUCAUUUGUUUGUUUGUUUGUUUGUGACUUUGGAUUGGUUUGAUUCGUGCGCCAAUCAUAAUUAAUAGUCUCUUAUGAUUGCUAUAUUUUAAUCUCUCUUCGAAUGGGAAUUCAGAGAAAGAUAAGAACAAAAAAACCCCCACAACGAUAGUUGCGAUGAUGAUGAUUCCAAUCUUUAGUAAUAAAAUAUUAAUAAAUAAAUUGUUCAAAACCAGUACUUCAAUUCUGCUUUCAACUGCCCUUUUUUUCUAAUCGACUCUUUCUUUUCAAAGCCUUUGUUACCAAAGUUUACUUCCAUUAAGGAUCCACUAUUUGGUUCUUGAUUUUACGCUUCUUCAAUGCUUUAUUGGCAGCCCUUUAUUCAGUUUGUUUGGCUUGUUCUUCUGCUCUGAAGGUUUGUUUUCAUAAACUUGAUCUACCACCAUCUGAAAUUACCUGUUCAUCAAUGGUGUGUUUCAGUUCUUAUUCUCUGUUUUGUAGACCGACUGAAAGACUUUUUCAUGUGAUUCCAGCUACUAUUUACAAAAUUUCCUUCUUUGUUAGUUUGUUUCUGUGUCGUUUAGGUGUUUUUUUUUGGGGAAAGAUGAGAUUUUGUUUUACUUCACAAGAAUUGAGACUUUUCUGUUUCCUUCAAGCCACAGCCAGCAUAUUUCUGUGUCUGAGGUGUGUGUGUGUGUUUUUUUUUUUUUUUAUCAGGGUUGGAGGGGGUGGUUGAAGUGAUGAGUUUUGUUUCCUGAUUUUAUAAUUUGAAAGGUUGAUUUGUUCUGGCAGUGUAGAGUUCAUGUUUUUCUGAGAAAUAAUCAGGCUUCCUGUCUUGUACUACCAAGCAGGCAGGAAGGACAAUGGGACCAUGGCUAUUGGCAUUCCAACAUAUGAUCACUGGUUCCCUUUUUCAUUGUUAUUCUGAUGGUGUAGCCAGUCAUCUUUGGGUUUUCAGCCUCCUUGCCUUUGCCGUUGUAUAUUUCACCAGCUGUGCCAUCUGUGAUUAUUUCUAAGUUAGCUAUCUUCAUUUGUCUCUUUAUCAUCUGAGGUGUUGGAAUUAUGUCUAAAGAAAAGAGGAGAGACACUAAAGGGGGAAAAAGUAAGCACCUCAAUGGAUUGACUAAGAAACAUGUAACUGAUGUUGGUAAGGGAUUAUUCGUUGGUUUUUGUGGUCCUCCAAAACCAAAAAAGGUGAGAUUUUGUGAGGUUGGCAGGGAUGAGUUCGACCAAAAAACUGCCAUAUUAUUUUCUAAUCAAGAACCUCAGGAUGCAGAUUAUUCCAUUUCCAACAAUCCCUCGCUGGAUUAUCAGGUCGAAAGUUUGAUUUUCGCCAGGCUCCCCAGAUGGGAGCAUUGGAAAUUAUGCUUGUUAAACAAGAGAAACUUAAAUCUUGUGAGAAGCGGGGAAAUAUUCAAGAUCAGGCGUGAAAUUAAAUCCGCUGAGCCAUCUGUGUGCAUGUUGGCAAGCGGAGAGUCUAGUUGGUGGAUGUUUGAUGGCGGUUUUGAGUCACGAAGGAAGCUCCCGGUUGUGCCCUCAGAUGUGUGUUUUCAUUCAGGUGAUAAGGAGUCAGUUUGUGCAGGGACUCAGUUGCUUGUGUCAGGAAGGGAAAUUGAUGGAAUCGUGAUAUGGAGGUACGAAUUGGCCAUCAACAAAUGGUUCAAAGGUCCAUCCAUGCGUAACCCUAGAUGCCUGUUUGCAUCCACAACCUGUGGGAAUUAUGCAUUUGUAGCCGGUGGGAUUGGUGCGAGUGCUAAUAGCCGAGUGUAUGACACAGCUGAAAUGUACAACCCUGAGACAGGAUCAUGGGAAACACUUCCCCGGAUGAAAAGGAGGAGGAAAUUGUGUUCAGGAUGCUUUAUGGAUGACAGAUUCUAUGUGGUAGGUGGGCGAAACGAGCUUGGCGAGCUAACUUGUGGCGAGUAUUUUGACCAAGUCAAAAACCAAUGGAUUCUAAUCCCUGACAUGUUGAAAGACGAUCCGGUUUUAACGUGCCAUUCACCUCCUUUGAUUGCAGUAGCGAAUAAUGAGUUGUAUUCGAUCGAGGCUUCUUCAAAUCAGCUCAAACUGUAUUUGAAGAAGAGCAAUACAUGGAAACCACUAGGGCUUGUUCCUGUCAGGGCAGAUUGUAAUAGAGGGUGGGGUGUUGCGUUCAAGUCCUUAGGGAAUGAGCUGGUGGUCAUUGGAGGGGCGUUAUCCACUUCUUCUAUGGUUGCGUCGGGUUCUUAUGGUGGAGGAGAUUGCAUGGCAAUAUAUAGUUGCAGGCCUGAUCCUGAGGCCUGUGAACAGACAUGGAAGGCUAUUGAUAGUGGCAGAUAUAAGUUGAGUCACUUCAUUAUGAAUUGUUCUAUUAUGUUUGCAUGAGGUGGAUCCCAUUUCUCAUUGAAACCAAGACUGUCAGAUUGACUUUUCAAGGAAAGUAUAUUAUCUCCAGAACAUUGAGGAGAUUAGCUAAACACUGGUGAUAACUGGUAGCAAUAAGGCAUGUUCAAUUUUGAAACGAACUAUUAUUAGAAAAUAAUGACCGGUUGCUCUUGAGUGUCGAGUGUCUACAGCAAAUUAACGAGAAAAGAAUCAGCUUGGCAUGGGGUGUCUCGUUUACUUCGUUUCAGCAGAUUAUCAUGUAACAACGUCAGUGUUUUGUGAUAUAGAUUUAUGUAUUUUAAAUAAAUUUAAAGUUUCUUGUUUCCCAGUUCGGAUGUACACUGUUCAACAAAAGAUUGCCUCUACAGUUUUUGCUUUAAGUCGCGCCUGUAGCCGACUCUUUGAAUUUGUC